AUGAUAAGGGAAGAAUAGAAUUAAUUAAAAUAUACAAUUGAUUUUACUAUUAUAUUUAUCAUAAAAUAAUUGAGGAACUUGAAUCAUAUAUCCUUGUAUACAAUCACCUUUCGAGCUAUUCAUAAUCAAGUGGCGAUCAUAGGAGGUGGAUGUGCGGGAUUGAAUGUUUCCGCUCAAUUAGUGAGGGAUGGCCACUAUAUUCCACAAUAGAUUCGUGUUUUUGAGCCAUACAAAAUGCACGCCUAUUAAACAGGAGGGGCCUUGGUUGGUGCUGGUAUGUGUAAUGUGGAGAAAACUAUGAGGCCUAUGGAAAUGGUUCUACCAAAAAAUGUAUAAUAGAAUACAAUAGUGACCAUAGAUGGAAAGAAAUACCCAUACUAUUAAUUGAUUGUAGCAAGUGGAGUGCAACGUGAUUUUGCAUCCAUUAAAGGUAUAAAUAUAAGUUUAUCCAUUCAUCAGGUGCUUUGGAUUGGUAGUAUUUACUAUUACAAAUACGCUCAGAAGAUAGAUAGAAUAAUCAAAGAAUUUAAAGGAGGUAGACUAAUAUUUUCGCAACCAUCUUCAAAAUGUGAAGGAAUUCCAUCCAACAUUAUUAUCUGCCAAAAAUAUCAAAUGUGA